GUGGAGAAGAAAUGUUGGAACUUCAUGCCUUGGAGGAGUGGGCAGUGAAGGGAAAGGCAGUUGCACUGGGAGUAGGGAAGAGGAAAAAAUAUUCCUCGAAGAGGAAGAAAAAGCCAGUGGACAUGGGAACAGAUGAAGUCUCUCCCUGUUAAAUAAAGAGAGACAAAUUCCAACCACAGGGAGAAGCCACUUCUGGACUCCAGGAUUGGCAAAAGGGAUGAGUGGCAGGACCCGGUGUGGCAGGGAAGGAAAGGGGAGGGCCGGCUCCUGCCGCACUGCUGGUGGGAGUGGUAACUGGGGUCCUGAUCUCACGGGUGACGUGGCCCUCACGUGAGCAGAAGCCGACGUGUGCAGAUGUCCUUCUAAUCCUGGUCUUCGUUUGGUCGAGCUGCCCUCUCCCUGUUGCCCAGAGGGCGGGCCCGUGGCCGUGGCCGAGGAAAGGAGGAGGAGGAGGUGUAUGCCUGGAUCCCAGCAGAGCGUUAUGCCAUUUGGAGCAAAGGAAUAAUCUGCCUCGAAUCCCUGCAGGACCCUGAAUUAGGAAAAGCUGGUAUUGGGACUCUCCGAAGUGCUGCUCGCCGAGCCAUUUGUCUCUGCUGGGUCGACUGCGUCUGUGAAUCUUGUGCCUGAAGGCCAAUCCAACCCUGGGAGCAGGAAGAAGAGGAAAAUCGUCCAGAACCAAGUUUGCAGGACGCAGAAACGCCUGGACCUCUGUGGGUGUAUGUGAGGGAGCCACUGCCCCCAGGACAUCUGAAGGGUCUUGUUGUCUCUGCCACCCGCAAAGCCAGUCAGUAGCUGAAGACUCCGUCCCCCUCUGGGCCAGAGCAAGCCUGUUCUGUGUCCAGGUUAAGAGAUUCUCCCUGGCUUUACCAUGGGCCGCACCCGGGAAGCUGGCUGUGUGGCCGCCGGCGUGGUCAUCGGGGCUGGUGCCUGCUACUGCGUAUACAAACUGACCUGGGGGAGAGAUGAGAACGAGAAAAUCUGGGAAGACGAGGAGGAGUCCAGUGACACGUCAGAGACUGUGAUUGAGACUGGGAAAAGAGCUAAGGCUAAUGUUGGGGCAGGGUCUGGGGCCAAAGUUCAGGGUUCUUUAAAGGCCAAACCUGAGGUGAGUUUGGGACUGGAGAGUGGUCCAGGUGUAAAAGUGAAGUCCCACGUGAUACCCCAGAGUGGAGGUGGCCUAGAAGCCAAGGCCAAGGCCCUUUUCAACACCCUGAAGGAACAGGCAAGUGCAAAGGCGGGCAAAGGGACCAGGGUGGGUUCCAUCUCUGGGAACAGGACCCUUGCAUCAAGUUUACCUUGCCCAGGAGGCAGGGGUGGAGGCUGCCACCCCACCAGGAAUGGUGCUAGGACUGGGAGCAGGGCAAGGGCAAAAUCCAAGGGAAAGACCCGAAGUAAGAGCACCAAGGCCCUACCUACAACAUGGCCUGUCCGCAGGUGCAAGUUCAACUUUCCCUAUAAAAUUGAUGAUAUUCUGAGUGCUCCGGACCUUCAAAAGGUCCUUAACAUCCUGGAGAGAACAAAUGAUCCUUUUAUUCAAGAAGUAGCCUUGAUCACUCUGGGUAACAAUGCAGCAUAUUCAUUUAACCAAAAUGCCAUACGUGAAUUGGGUGGUGUCCCAAUUAUUGCAAAACUUAUAAAAACCAAAGACCCUAUUAUUAGGGAAAAGACUUACAAUGCCCUUAAUAACUUGAGUGUGAACUCUGAAAAUCAGGGCAAAAUUAAGACAUAUAUCAGUCAAGUGUGCGAUGACACCAUGGUCUGUCGUUUGGACUCAGCUGUGCAGAUGGCUGGAUUGAGACUGUUAACCAACAUGACUGUGACUAAUCACUACCAACAUUUGCUUUCCUAUUCUUUUCCAGACUUUUUUGCUUUGCUAUUCCUGGGAAAUCACUUCACCAAGAUACAGAUUAUGAAACUAAUUAUAAACUUCACUGAAAAUCCAGCUAUGACAAGGGAGCUGGUCAGUUGUAAAGUACCAUCAGAAUUGAUUUCCCUCUUUAAUAAAGAAUGGGAUAGAGAAAUUCUUCUUAAUAUCCUUACUCUAUUUGAGAAUAUAAAUGACAACAUAAAAAGUGAAGGGCUUGCAUCAUCCAGGAAAGAAUUCAGCAGAAGUUCACUUUUUUUCUUAUUCAAAGAAUCUGGAGUUUGUGUUAAGAAAAUUAAAGCAUUAGCAAGUCACAAUGAUCUGGUGGUGAAAGUAAAGGUCCUAAAAGUAUUAACCAAACUCUAAUUUGGAGUCUAUCCCAAAAAGUGUUGAGGCAACUUUUGAGUUUGAAGUUGUGAACAAUGUGUUUUGUAAAUUUUUGUUUUUCACUGUGUUUAUGUGGCAAAGAGAUCCUUUCAACUACUAUUUUGGAAUAAUGAAUAUUGAUGCUGAUUGUGAUGGUCGGGUUUAAGCUGGACCAUUUUAAGGAUGCCAAAUGAAUAUUAGAGCUUGUACAAAGAAAGGGGUUAUUGAUUUGAUCUUGCUACUUAGAUUGAGAUAUUUUUACUCUUUCCUCUACCUAAACUGACGGUGAACUAAUUAUACAUCAUAAAUAAGCUAUACUUUUGUAUUGGUUUACAUUUGUUAAUCUAAGACUGUGUUUCAUCAAUAAAGUUGUGUUUUAAGCAGCAGAAAAAAA